AUGACCAUUCAUACCAUCACCGACGUCCCCAUCUUCAACGGCCGAAAAGUUGACACUGCGGCUAAUGUCACCUUCCGUGCCAGCCCUGGAGACAUUGUCAGUAUCGAGGCGGGAGCCACGGAUCUCGCCAGCGUCGACACUGUGAUUGAUGGGAGAGGCUGCACGCUCCUCCCAGCCUUCAUUGACGCCAAUGUUGACACUGCAGCGACGAACAUGGACCUCCCCAUAUUUGCCUCUUACGGCAUCGGCACAGUUAUCGACAUGAGCAGCACCAAGGCCGAGAUCCAGGCCAUGCGGGCAGAGUCUCAUGCCGAGGUCGGACUCCCUACCUACCUGGCAUCGGGCCCCAUCGCCACUGCGCAGGCCACGGAUGGAGCUCAGAUUCAUCCGCGCCGAGAAACCAAAGUUAUCCGGGUCCCCGCAGAUGCCGAAACAUGGGUUGCCUCUGUCAUGAACGGUCCGGACAGGUCUGACUACAUCAAGGUGCUCGUCGAUCUACCUGGCAUAGACGGCCCAACACUCCUCGCUCUUGUUCAUGCGGCACAUGCCCAUAACAAGUUGGCCGUCGCACACUCGUUUCAAAAGGUUGGAUACUCCCGGGCUCUUCAGGCGGGAUUUGAUAUCAUCACUCUCGUGCCUAUAGACGGCCUCAUAGAAACAGAGAUAGCCGAGGGCCUCGCCGCGCGCAACAUAGCGUGCAUCCCCACGCUUUGCAUGGCACGGGCCAUGGUUCCCUUGCUGCGCAGCGAGCCAAGGGACGAUUUGGUGGACGUCAGCUUCGACUACGCGCUCGCCAACGUCAAGAAGAUGUAUGACGCUGGGGUGCGCAUCUGUGCCGGAACGGAGGCGAACCAGAUAUCCCAUGUGCCGAUAUCAAUCGGGGAGAGCCUCCACGAGGAGAUGGAGCUGCUUGUACACGCAGGGCUGUCGAACCUCGACGCCCUCAGGGCAGCUACGGUUGUUACAACCAUGGUGUUUGGGCUGAGAGACCGGGGCGAGAUCUCGCUCGGGCAGAGAGCAGACAUGGUCUUGAUCGAAGGGGAUCCACUGCAAGACAUCACGACUACGAGGAGGAUCCGAAAGAUCUUUAGCCGCAGCAGCCUUUGUUAUUCUUCCCUCCCUGCCUCAGAGGACAUUCGAAAUGCGGAAGCUCCUCCCAAAGUCUCCAGACCAGAACCCGCCGCCGGCAACGCCGGGCCUCAGGAAGCGCAAGCGUCCAAUGGUUUCCAUGGCGUGCGAAUCCUGCCGGAAGCGCAAGAUCAAGGUCCAACUUCCCCAAGCUCGCCGCCCAAGAGCAGAGCAACUAACUGCAUCACCAAUAACGAGACGCUGAACCACCAGCUUCGAGCCGCUUCCCUAGCCGAAAGCUCCCUAAAGACGAUUCUCGACCAGCUGCGCAGUGGCUCGCAAGACAACUCCGUCGAGCUCCUGCAUCGUAUUCGACAGGAGCAGUCAGUUAAUGGCCUUGUCAAGACAUUCUCUGAUGCUAGCCUGCUGCUACCUCCUGCUCCACCACCAUCUGAUCCUCACAACUCACCUACUUUGCCUUUCAAGAUUCCCAUCCCCUUGAGCAUCGAAACCGUUUCAUCAAACCCUUGGACAAGCAGCGACGGGCUCGAAGCAAAGCAUGUCUUGCCUGUCUCCCAGUGGACUACUCUGUCUACUGAUGACAGCUACCUAACACAUCUGCUAAACCUUUUCUUUGCCUGGGACCAUACACUUAGCCACGCCAUCCCCCGAUCCGGGUUUCUCCCAUGUCUCUACGCCGGGCCGAAAGUAGGAGGAAAGUUUUGUUCCAAAUUCCUCGUCAAUUCUAUCCUUGCCACUUCUCAUCUUUUCAUGUCUCAAGGAGAAUCAUCACACAAGUGCGAGGAGUUGCGCUCCAGUGGUGCCAUGUUCGCUGACGAGGCCCGACGAAUGCUUGAAGGCGAGAGAAAGCGUCCGUCAGUGUCCCUGCUCCAGGGCCUACUGGUUCUCUGGAUUUAUGAAAUCAACUAUGGAGUAAAAGCUGAGGCCCAAGUUUUGCUUGAACAGUUUUAUUCCAUUCAUGAGGCUUUGGGACUCAGCGAUCUAGCCAUGCCAGCCGCGAGUCAUGCAAUCUCCAACGAUAGCUCAACUUUGCGAUCCAUGGAGGAGGGGCAAGUUCUAUCUUGCAUCGUCUGGGGGGUUUUCUGCUUGGAGGGUAAACUCUCCUUGACCUCCUCGCGUCCGAUGAGAAUCGCCAAGCCCAAGAUGGCCAAAGCUUUCGAGAAUGCCUAUACAUCUAUAUUCGCCAAGCCCAGCGCGCCCGAGUAUUUCUGGUCCCCCUAUCCUCGCCAGUCUGCACCGCGGCAAUCAUUUUUUCGAGAAAUCAUCUUACUCGAGUGCCAACUUGCCGAGAUGAUACAUGAGUUUUCCGAGAUAUUCGCGCCGACAUACUCUGGACCACCGGCUUCAAGCUACAAUGAGACGAGGGCGUUCUACGACAGGCUUCUGAGAUGGGGUACACAUGCUUCACAACGAUUCCAUACCAAUGGAAUCUUUCCCCCUUCGUUUCUUUUCCUUGAGACUACGUAUGAUAUGAUGCUUUUGAAAGUCUUGGACCACCUCUCUCGUUUCCCUCUCCAUAAUGACACCCACAAGUCGAUACUGUCCAAGCGAGCGUCGCACGGAGCCUCGAUCAUCUCCAACCUUUGGGUAUACCGGGCCACCUUUGGGCUUCGCCACGAGUUCUGGCUCACGCAGGCGUGUUUGGCAGCAACCACAGCCGUCAUCUUCAACCUUAGCGAUACUCCAAGCUUGUCCAAGUCAGUGGUAAUAGCCUGCCAGCUGCUCUAUGGGAUAGGAGAGUUUCUACCUGUGGCAAAUCAAUGUCUCCUAGUGAUUAAGGCGCUUUCCAGUCCCCAGGAUGCAGCGUUUCCAACUUCCUAUAGGAUGAUUUACUCUAAAUUAGCCAUAAGGAUGGGACGGAUUAUUAUUAAAAGUGUCUCACUGCUGGACAUUGAGCCCGGCGAGGGUAAUCCGGUUGUUAGACAAUCCGGAGGUUCUUCCCACGAUGUUGCGUUUUCUACUCAGAUUAAAGACUCUUUAUAUUAA